AUGAAGCUAAACACGGUAUCUGCCGCAGCGUUACUGCUGGUGUGGGGUGUCUCGGCAGAGAGUGAAUCUUCCAAGGCCGCUGCCCUGGAGAAAUUUUGGUCCUAUGGCAGAUCUGAGCCUGUGUAUCCCACGCCUGAAACGAAGGGUCUUGGAGAUUGGAAGACCGCUUACACAAAAGCGAAAGCUCUCGUUGCUCAAAUGACAAAUGAGGAGAAGAACAACCUUACCUAUGGAUAUACAUCAACAACCAAUGGCUGUAGUGGAAACUCAGGUGGUGCCCCGCGUCUGGGCUUCCCCGGAAUCUGUUUGCAGGAUGCCGGGAAUGGUGUUCGGGGUACCGACAUGGUUAACGGUUAUCCUUCAGGCGUUCACGUUGGAGCAGCGUGGAACCGUGAGCUCUCAUACCAGCGUGCCAGCCACAUGGGUGCCGAAUUUAAGAAGAAGGGUGUCAAUGUAGCUUUGGGUCCAGUUGUCGGCCCUUCGGGUCGGAUAGCCCGGGGCGGUCGUAACUGGGAAGGGUUCAGUAAUGACCCCUACCUGGGUGGUGCCUUGGCCGGCGAGACAGUCACCGGUCUACAAGAGAACGUGAUUGCAUGCGUCAAACACUUCAUUACCAAUGAACAGGAAACAAAUCGCAACCAAGCUUUGCUGCUGGCCGACAGCUACAACCAGUCUUACUCUAGCAAUAUCGAUGACAAGACUAUGCAUGAGCAAUACCUCUGGGCCUUCCAGGACACGGUCAAAGCUGGCGCUGGCUCUAUCAUGUGUAGCUACAACAGAAUCAACAACAGCUAUGGUUGUCAAAAUAGCAAGACACUCAAUGGUCUUCUGAAGGGCGAAUUGGGUUUCCAGGGCUUCGUUGUGACGGAUUGGAGUGCCCAGCACUCUGGCCUUGCAAGCACAUUGUCUGGGUUGGAUAUGGUCAUGCCGUCAUCAACAUACUGGGAGAACGGCACACUCGCCUUGGCGGUGAGCAAUGGAUCGCUCCCCCAGAGCCGUCUCGAUGAUAUGGCCACCCGCAUCGUGGCUUCUUGGUACAAAUACGCCGAGCUGGAAGAUCCAGGUCACGGAAUGCCAUUGAGUCUUCUUGAGCCGCACACUCUGGUAGACGCUCGGGACCCGAAAUCCAAAAAGACUAUCUUCCAAGGUGCUGUGGAAGGCCAUGUUCUCGUGAAGAACAUUGACAACACCCUGCCACUCAACAAGCCCAAGCUUCUUUCCCUUUUCGGCUAUGAUGCUGUGGCCGCAUCAAAGAACACUGCAGACGGGCUUUCUCUUGACGGGUGGUCUCUCGGUCUGGACAACACUCUAUCUUGGUCCAACGGUUCUGCAAUCUCAGCGACUACCAUUGAGUAUCUUUUCCUAUCUAGCCUUGAUCCAACAACCAAAGGCCCCGGUGUUGCCCUGAACGGAACAAUGAUCUCCGGUGGAGGUUCCGGCUCCACAACGCCAUCCUACAUCGAUGCACCCUUUGAUGCCUUCCAGCGCCAAGCAUACCAAGAUGAUACCUUCCUUGCAUGGGAUUUCACUUCACAAGACCCGCUCGUCAACCCUGCCUCUGAAGCCUGUAUUGUUUUCAUCAACGAGCAGUCAAGUGAAGGUUGGGACCGCCCAUACCUGGCCGACCCAUACUCCGAUGAGCUAGUCUUGAAUGUUGCAGCCCAAUGCAACAACACUAUCGUUGUUAUCCACAACGCUGGAGUCCGACUUGUUGACCAGUGGAUCGAGAAUCCCAAUAUCACGGCUGUCAUCUACGCCCAUCUCCCCGGCCAAGACAGUGGCCGAGCCCUGGUGGAAGUUAUGUACGGCAAGCAGUCACCUUCCGGCCGUCUCCCCUACACCGUUGCCAAGAAAGCAGCGGAUUACGGUACCCUUCUCAACCCGACUGUUCCCUCAGGCGACCUUGACCUUUGGUAUCCUCAAGCCAAUUACACUGAAGGUGUCUACAUCGAUUACAAGGCUUUCGAAAAGAAGGGAAUCACGCCUCAGUACGCAUUCGGCUAUGGUCUUACUUACACUACUUUCAAAUACUCGGACCUGGAAGUCUCACUUGCACGCGGUGUGAGCACCAGCUACACGCCUCCUGGCAGCGUUGUUGCCGAAGGUGGUUUGCCAUCGCUGUGGGAUGUUGUCGCUUCUGUCACCUGUACCGUCGCUAACUCUGGAUCUGUGGCGGCUGCGGAGGUUGCUCAGCUUUACGUUGGCAUUCCUGGAGGUCCCGUGAAGGUUCUGCGUGGGUUUGAAAAACAGCUCAUCCAGCCUGGUGCACACAAGAACUUCACGUUUGACCUGACGCGUCGUGAUCUCAGUGCUUGGGAUACUGAGAAACAAGUAUGGGGCUUGCAGAAGGGCAAGUAUCCAAUUUAUGUGGGCAAGAGUGUGUUGGAUAUCCAGUUGACUGGAUCUUUGACUCUGUAG